UUCAUAACGCUUUUAUUGCUCCAAAAGGAGAAGUGAUUCUUUGUGGUGGUAGUAUUAACAGUAAUCAGAUCUUAAUGUUGUCUGGAAUUGGUCCAAAAGAUAAUUUGGAAGCAAAUAAUAUUAAAGUUCGUAGAGAAUUACCGGUUGGACGUGUUUUACAAUCUCAUGAUUGGUGUUGUAGGCAAAAAAUUGGAAUUUUUUUUAAAGCAAAUGCUGAAGGAAAAAUUCCCAAUCAAGAAGAUUUUCUUGACGAAUGUCCCGACAUUCAAACUUACAUAUGCACUCAGAAUGCGUUAGCUACUAAACCAAUGCAAAAAUUAGAAGUGAUUACACUAGCAUCAGUUUUAAAUCUCCCAUCAAGCGUCGGUCACUUGGAAUUAUCUAGUCCUAAUCCAUUUGAUCAACCAAAAAUAUUUCUCAAUUUUUAUGAAAAACCUGAUGAUAUGUAUAGAAUGAUUAGUUCUUUUAAAUUUUUACGUGAAAAAAUUAAACAACCUCUUUUUAGUACUGUAUGGGGCAUAAAAGAAAUUGGAUCAUAUGAUGUAUUUGGAAAGUGGUAUAGUAUUAAAGGUGAAAUGAGUGAUGAAGUUUGGGAACAAUAUAUCCGUGAAAAGACAAUUUCAUCAUUUCAUCCAUGCGGUACGGUUAAAAUGGCACGAGAAUCACAAGGAGGGUGUGUUAACCAUCGACUUCAAGUUUAUGGAACAAAAAAUCUUCGAGUUGUCGAUGCUUCAAUUUUUCCAAUUAUUUCGAAUGGUGAUACUAAUGCUCCUGUUGCCAUGGUGGCAUGGAAAGCAAGCAGGAUAAUUGAAGAAGAUUACAGAAAAAAAUUUAAUUGUUGA